AUGCUGCGCGUGACAUGCAACGGUCGCCAUGGCCAAUUUGACGGCGCCGCGUGGCUGGAGGGCCGACACAAGGUGUUCUACGACGAGGGAAAUGGAGCAGAAAGCUCUUCGAGGCGCGCUCUAUUUGUGUCCGAGUUUGCUGCGCUCGCGGGCGUUUGGGACAAGAGAGUCUGCGCGCGCUUCAUCAGGCUUGUGGAUACUGGGGAGUCGUUCGAGGAGUACCGGGUAGCUAAGGGACCGGAGAGGCGCACUGCUCGCGAGAGAAAGGCUCUACUUGCGGACGAAGGCAUUCACAUUGUCGAAGCAGACGAGCAGUCACCCAGGGGGAAGCGGGCUUUGAACAAACACAGGGAAGCGCUUGGUUUGAAUGCCCUCCAGGGUGGUGGCUUUGCGCCGCCGCAGGAGGUGACUCAACUUCAGGGCGGUGGGAAUGCGCCCCAGGGUGGCAAUGCAGGGGCUGACGUCAGCAAGGUGGAACAAGGUCCUGACAGCGCGCCACAUGAGGGGAGAACUUCCAGAAAGAGAACUAGGAAGGGGAAGGAAAAGGUGGGCGACUUGAACGACGCUGACGUCAGCACGGAUCAGGACGACGAAGGCCCCAGCAAGCGGUCAAGGAAGGGCAAAGAGAAAGUGGCGGAGGACUGGGUGGCUGACGUCAUCAUGCCCCCUGCUUGCGAGUGCGGCGGCGAAACGCACGCAACGUUCGAGUGCCCGCUGUGCGGCGACUGCUGUGACUGUGAAGCGUGGGCGCUCGCGGCGUGCAGCCACGUGUACUGCGCCACGUGCCUCGUGCGCGCGAUCAAAGCGUCCGUGGCGGACUCCAAGCUGUUCCAGUGCGUGACGUGCGAACUGGAGGGGGGGCAACGGAACGGAAUAACGGAACCGGACGUAGAGCUGCUGUGCGAGGGCCGGUUCCGCGAGCGCGCGCUGCACGAGGUCCUGCGCGACUACGUCAUGAACAGUGAGGGGGGGGUCGUGUGCGGGAGCUGCGGCGAGGCAAAUCUGGUGUCUGACGUCACCGACUGGGACGACCUGCGGUGCCUUGCGUGUGGCGGUUACAUGAUGGGCAAGAGAAUUGCGGAGGAGGCGGCGGAUAAGGAGUUCGACAAGUGGAAGACGAAGCAUAAGCAUGCCACGUGUCCAAAGUGCGGGGCGGUGGUGCAGAAGACGGCCGGGUGCAACCACAUGUCGUGCAGGUGCGGCGUCGCCUUCUGCUACCAGUGCUCGGAUCCGCUCUCAGGAUACAGCGGAACGUGCAAGUGUCAUAAGAAAUAG